CCUUCCCUCCUUCCCUCCCUGCCUGCCUCCCUCCCGCUGCUUUCUCCGAUUCAUUCCUCUCCGCCUUGCUGCCGGAGGAGGAGAGCAAGCGGCGGGGGGAGAAACGGCUGCCUUCCUCGCCUCUUUUCCCCCCCGCCAUUGGGUUUUUGUUUUUCGGAUCCGACUAAUUUACAAUAGACUCGUGGGCAACCCUCCGCGCCCGAUGACCGUCUCCCCGGACCGCUCGACCCCUUGACUCCGGAUUACUCGGUCGGAAAAAAGGCCAAAAAGGGAGAUCAAUAAAGGUCUGGAGCACUCUUUGAACUGAGACAAAAAUUUCCAAGGUCAACAGGAGGAGACUUGCCCUGAAUGGUUUGGGACCCACCUUCCUUCGUGACUGCAUCUCCUACCACCAACCUGCACAAUCUCUCUGGUCCUCUGGGGAGGCUCCCCUUUCAUCUCUUCCUUUAUCACAGAAUAAUUAGUAACCAUGACGACAGAGACGGGUCCAGAUUCGGAGGUGAAAAAUGCCCAGGAGGAAACUUCCCAGCAACAACUGGAGGCAGCAGCAAGUGGGCCAAACACACUGACCAGCUCAACACCUACCGCAAACAGUCAGGAAGCUGAAGCUAAUGAGAAACCAGGAGCCCAGGGUGACUCCAAACAUGCCGAGAGGGCUGUGGACAUGGAUGAAAAGGACUACAGUGAAGCAGAUGGGGUAUCUGAGAAAACCACUCCCAGCAAGACCCAGAAAUCACCUCAGAAGGUCACCAAGAAACUCAAGAGUGCCAUCUGCAGAGUGACCCUCCUUGAUGCCUCAGAAUAUGAGUGUGAAGUGGAGAAACAUGCCCGAGGUCAGGUUCUGUUUGAUAUGGUCUGUGAGCAUCUCAAUCUCCUGGAGAAAGAUUAUUUUGGACUCACGUUUUGUGACUCAGACAGUCAAAAGAAUUGGCUGGAUCCCUCUAAAGAAAUAAAGAAACAGAUUCGCAGUGGUUCCUGGAACUUUGCCUUCACUGUCAAAUUCUACCCUCCAGACCCUGCUCAGCUCACAGAGGAUAUAACAAGAUACUACCUGUGUUUGCAGCUCCGAGCAGACAUCAUCAGUGGCCGCCUGCCAUGCUCCUUUGUUACACAUGCACUCUUAGGUUCCUAUGCUGUACAGGCUGAAUUGGGAGAUUAUGAUUGUGAGGAGCAUGUGGGCAACUAUGUUGGUGAGCUUCGUUUUGCUCCAAACCAGACCAAGGAGUUGGAAGAGCGUAUUAUGGAGCUGCACAAAACUUACCGGGGCAUGACACCUGGUGAGGCAGAAAUUCACUUCUUGGAGAAUGCCAAGAAGCUUUCCAUGUAUGGAGUUGAUCUGCAUCAUGCCAAGGAUUCAGAAGGCAUUGACAUCAUGCUGGGUGUAUGUGCCAACGGCCUUCUCAUUUAUAGGGACAGGCUGAGAAUAAACCGUUUUGCUUGGCCCAAGAUCCUGAAAAUUUCUUACAAGAGGAGUAACUUCUACAUCAAAAUUCGACCUGGUGAAUAUGAACAAUUCGAGAGUACAAUUGGCUUCAAGUUGCCCAAUCAUCGCUCAGCAAAGAGGCUCUGGAAGGUUUGCAUUGAGCACCACACAUUCUUCAGGCUAGUGUCUCCGGAGCCUCCUCCAAAGGGCUUCCUAGUCAUGGGCUCCAAAUUCCGCUAUAGUGGGCGAACACAAGCUCAAACUCGGCAGGCCAGUGCUCUGAUUGACCGUCCUGCCCCAUACUUUGAGCGCUCCUCCAGCAAACGGUACACCAUGUCUCGCAGCCUCGAUGGAGAAUUCUCCCGCCCAGCUUCAGUCAGCGAAAAUCAUGAUGGAAUGGAAUCAGACAAGAGAGAUGAAGACAGCAAAUAUGAUGGAAGGACACGGUCUGAGACUGAGGAUGAAGAAGUGACCACUCCAACAAAAAUCAAGGAGCUAAAGCCGGAACAAGAAACCACCCCAAGGCACAAACAAGAGUUUUUAGAUAAACCGGAAGAUGUUUUACUAAAGCACCAGGCCAGCAUCAAUGAGUUGAAGAGGACUCUGAAGGAACCCAACAGCAAGCUCGUUCACAGGGAUCGAGAUAGGAGACUGCCUUCCUCACCUGCCUCUUCCUCUCCCAAACAUGAAGAUGAAACACCAAAAGGAACUCCAGAGAAGGCCUAUGAGAUGUCAGAAGAAGAUUCUCCAGAGGAUCUGUCAUCUGAGCAUGGAGCUGCCUUAGUCAUGGAAUCUUUUACACAGAAAAGCCUUGUUUCUUCUCCUGAGGGUUCAGAGCAUUGGGUAUUUAUAGAAAGAGACACUACUGGGCUGGAAGAGCUAGCACUAAAACAAAUUAUUAAGACCCAGGAGGAAGAAGCAUGUGCAGGGCCUUCAAAGAAGCAAGCAAAUCUGGACUUAUCAAAGGUACCCACUGCAGCAGAGGAACGCAAGGCCACAGCAAAACAGAUGGAGGAAGUAAGUGAGGAAAGCAAAACAGAGAUGCGAAAAAGAGCCAAAAUGAUUGCCAGUCCGGAGGAUUUUGAAUCAUUAUGGGAGGAUGAUUUGUAUGAGAGAGAGAACAUAAAACACACUUCUGAGACAGACAAACAAACAAUAGAGGAGAGUGAACAUGAAGAUAAAAUAGAGGAAGUGCUGAUAUCUCCUGCUGAACUUGAGAGGAAGGAAGAACAUAAAGACAAAACAGAGGCAGUGCUACUUAUCACCUAUGAACCUGAAGAAAAGGAAGAGCAGAAAGACAAAAUGGAGGUAGAAUACACCAAAUGUGAAGAACCAACUGUCACUGUCAAAUGUCCAAGAAAGAUGAGUGCUAGCCCUGGAGAUUUCCAAUCUGAAGAAGAUCAGAUGUGUUCCUCUUCUUGGGCAGAAUCUUCAAAAGAAGAAAGCAAAAUCAUAUUACAAGAACAGAGGACUAUUUUGACAGUCUCAGACAAGGAAGUGUUAAAAACUACCCCUGAUUCUGAGUCUGUUAAGGCUAAAAAGCAGAGUGAUAAAGUAGUAUCUUCUGCUGCAAAAAGGAUAAUAUAUUUAGGUUCUGAAGAAACCAAUGAAAAAAGUGAUGAGACCAAGGAAAUAAAUGAGAAAGAAAAGCAUUCCUCAUCAGAAGAGAAGCAGGAUAAGCAAACAAACCUAGUGCAUGAAAAGGAGAAGAGCACUAGAUUAGUACCAAUUUCAGAUGUAGGAGAGGAAAGGGGAGAUGGUGAAGUUCAACCUUGGUCACCAACAUCUGCUGAAGAAAGAUCAGAGAUCAAGAAGCCAGUUCUGGAACCAGACCAGGCCAGCAAAGCAGGAGAGGAUGACCAAAAGGCCUAUCAUAUAGAACAGUGUAAUGUUGAAAAAGAGGAGCAUUCAUUAAUUGCAGAGGAAAGAGCUUCUGUAGAGCCAGUUGCUAAUGGAGCCAAAGAUGACUGUAAAUCAAGGCCAUACCCCUCCACAGAGGAUUCCAGUCAAAGCAUUUUCCAUGUACCAAUGCCACCACAGAAGUCUGGAUCCCCUACAAAAGAAACAUCAAUUCAUCUCUCUCCUGAGCAACAACAUGGAGCUGACAAAACUCACAACACUCUCCAAGAAAGUGGAGAGAAAUCUGAUGAGAAAGAAAAUAAUUUAGAUGAAAGGGAAACUUCACAAAUACUUCUUCAAAUGGAAGACAUAGAAACUAAAAUAUCUACUCUGUGUUCCUCACAACAGCAACUUUCUUGUACUACAGCAAUUUCAGAUGGUAAGCAAUAUAAAUCACAGGUUGCAAAUGCAAGAGAAUUAACUCAAAGUGAAGCCAUUGAUUCCAACCAGUCCACUCCAGAUACAUUCUCUGAAAUUCAAGAGACAGCCAAAAAUAAAUGCCCUAAAUCGGAAGGAUACAGCAAUAAUCAACGCUUUUUGUUAAAACAGGCAGAUAAAGAUGAAAGCCCUGAAUUAGAAGUAGCCAAAGAGGAACUCCAGAAAUUGGAAGAUGAAGCCAAUGCCAACUAUGUUGAAGUAGGACAGAUGACAAGAGAAAUGUCCCCACAGUCAGAGGAGUCUCAUAAAGAGAAGUUAUUUUUUGGCAAUCUAUCAGAGUUGGAAAGGACAACUAAGGAGGGGUUUCUUGAGAAUGAAGUUCCAAACAGAGAGGAAGUUGAUAGAUUGGACAGGCCAGCCCAAAAUGAACUCAAAGAACUGGAUGAACAAAGAAAAGUAGAAGGGGCAGCUAAUGAUAACGUCCUAGAAUUUGAAGUCCCAUCUAAGGAUAACCACUAUACAGCAGAAGACCUUGCAAAAUAUACUUUCCAAAAGUCAGAAGAAAUAACUGUUUCCUCAGAACAGCAAGCCCAGGAUAAGUCAUCUGAUUUGAAACAGCCAUCUGGGGAUUACCUUUGGUCUGAACCUGACUUCUUUGGUUCUAAACAUUCAGAACUGGAAGUGAUUCCUCAAGAUAAAACUCUUUUAAAGGAAGAAAAAGAGCCUACUCCUACUCUCUCUCAUAAGACUGGUUUGACAGAAGGAGAAUGUUCAGAAACUUCUCAUGCCACAUCACAGGGAAAGGAAGAACUCCAAAUGCCUAGUGAAAACCAAAAACCAGGUUUGACACCUGUUGCAUGUGAACUGAAUGUUACUGUUCCACUUGAAAAAAAUGAAGAUGUAGCCCCAUCAGCAAAGAUCUGUGCGGAUUUCUUAGAGCAUAGAGGUGAGACAAACAAAGAAACUUCUGUAGCUUCUAGAAUCAGGAUGUUUGAACAAAGUGAAACAUACAGUCAAUUUUCUGAUGAGCAACAUGUGCCACAAAAGAGAUUCCAUGAGAGUUAUCCUGGAAGUGACACUCAAAAGAAACCACCAAAGAUGCACAUAGAACUAGCUGCAGCAUUUUCACAGAAUUACAUACCUUCUGAAAACAAUAAUGCAAGAGAUAAGGUGUCCUUGGGCAUUUUAGAAAGCAAAGCAAAGCAUACUGGUAUGGCAUCAGAAGUGGCCUACUUAGCUGUUGCACAAGGACCAAGUGAUGGGGAACCAUCUCAGCCUUCAUCUUGGAAGGAAGAUAUUUCUAUUGGUUCUGAACAAGGAGAUGGAGAUGGAGAUGGAGAUGCUGAACUGGCUUCUCCCGAUUCUGGAUGUGAAAUCACUUUGGCAGAAGCCGUGAGCAAAUUUCAAGAACCAGCUUGGGAAGAAAAGGAUUUGUCAGGUCCAACAGUAAAAGCCUCUCCGAAAGAAGAGAGUUUAAAGGCUGCUGCUCCAGUGGCCCCUCAGAGAGCGGGACUGAGGGAGGGCACAGAGGAGAAAGCUAAGCCGCCUCGGCACAGGGCUCCUGAAAGUGACACUGGGGAUGAAGAGCAAGACCAGGAAAGAGACUCAGUCUUCCUGAAGGACAACCAUUUGGCCAUCGAGCGCAAAUGCUCAAGUAUCACUGUCAGCUCAACUUCCAGCCUUGAAGCUGAGGUGGACUUCACAGUCAUUGGUGACUAUCACAGUGCAGCCUUUGAAGACUUCUCCCGGAGUUUGCCUGAGCUUGACAAGGAAAAGUGCGAGGGAGAUGAAGAAGGUCAGAUUUCUUCUCAGGAAUCUGACAAACCAGCUUUCAGGCAGGAAGAUGAUGCCAAGGAUGGUGAUAAGUUUCCCCCAGUAAUCCCAGAAGAGUCUCCAACUGUAAAAACAGACAGUGUGAAAAAAGCAGAAGGUGACACCUCUGUGCAGCAAAGAAUCACUGCAACAGAAAUUACACAGGUUGAUGGCACCACUACAAAUGGAAAAGACACAAUAACGACUUCCCACAUCGUCAGCACAGAAACCAUAUCAACGACCUCAGAUCACAGCAGCAAGCCUGGGAAGGGAACAACAGAACUUCGUUCCAUUUCUCCUAUUGCCAGCAGUGCUGUUGGGAAAGAAGCCUUCACAAGCCUUUUUGGUGCCACCGCAGAAACCCUCUCCACUUCCACAACUACCCAUGUAACCAAGACUGUGAAAGGAGGCUUUUCAGAAACCAGAAUAGAAAAGCGAAUCAUCAUAACCGGAGAUGAAGAUGUGGACCAAGACCAGGCCUUGGCUCUGGCAAUCAAGGAGGCAAAACUGCAGCACCCUGACAUGCUGGUAACCAAAGCUGUAGUAUAUAGAGAAACAGAUCCAUCUCCAGAGGAAAGGGACAAGAAGCCUCAGGAAUCUUGACCUUCGUGUUUCUAGAAGUUGACAUCUCUAUUUUAACAUUGGAGUAAAGAAGGCCUUUAUGCUGGAUUCCUCAAUGAGACAUAGAACGUCCUGGCUGCCAGAAUAAUGUUGAGAGACAAAAAAAAUUAAAAUAAAAUAAAAAGGAAUAGCAAAUAUAUUAUAUAUUAUAUAUACAGGAAACAAAAUGCAUCCUUGCACUGCUGCUAUAUGCUGGAGAUGAAUUAUAAACAGCAACGUUAGCAACAAACAAAACCAACCACCUCUUCAAAUAAAGUGAAGAAUUGACUGGACUGAUCUAAAAGAAAAAUUCAGAUCCCAUGGUGAUAAUAUUAUUAACAAAACAAAACAAAACAAAACACACAGUUCUGCAUGUUACAUUUAAAGGAAACAUAACUCAUUUGUUGCACACUGAAUGGAAAAGCAAAAAAUGCUUUGCAACAAAGCAAGAAACCAACAAGCAGAAAAUGAGCAGAAAUACAAAAAUGAUUCCCUGCGUAAGAAAGAAUCAAAAACCAUUCACCUGUAUAAUUCUUGUUUAAUUAUUUUCUGGUUAGGGAUGUGUGGUGAUCACCCUUUUUCUUCACCCAGUGCUACUUCUGUUUCUUCAUCUUUUUUGUUCUGUUGUUCUCCUAAUCUGUCUUUCCUUUUUCUUAACCUUCUCCCCUCUUACUUCAUCCAGUCCCUUUUUCUGCUGAAGAUAAUGAUGGCUGGAUUUCACUUAAAGCAAAAUGAUACGUCUGUGAUUUCUCAUUGAUCAAAAUGCAGCCUGUAGAGGUUCCAUAUGGAUGUGCUUUUAAGUUAUGUAUAUUAUAUAUAACUGGGGUGGGUGGGGAAUGAUAUUAAAACAAAUUAAACAGUGCUGAUAAGUAUGACAAUGACAUUUUUACAUUAUAAUUAUUUGACUGUGGUUAAUGUAUUAAGAGACUCUUAGAUCAUGUCAAUAUCUUGUGAAAACAGAGUAAGGAAAAAUCACUAACUUCCUUUAGGGGUUGUAUUUGUCACUCACCCGACCCACUGUGUUGGAAAAAGGACUGGCAUAGUGACAAAACAGUGUUCAUAAUUGGUUGGUAGAUGAUAUUACAGCAUUUGUCAACACAUGGAGGGAGUCAAGGAAGACAGAGUGGAUCAGUGUUACUGCAGCCCACAGUUAGUCACUACAAUGUGCCAUUUAAUCAUUUUUCCUUCAUCUUCUAGCUCAGAAAACUAUGGUCACCCUGGAGAAAACAGAUGAGAUUGUUUCAUGAUUCACAGCCUUUCAGUAUCUAGAAAUGCUUGAUCUCUCAGAGAUAAGGUUUUGGCUGCAGUAAAAUUAUUAGGUCCCGUGAGUUGGUUCUUCAGAAUAUCAAAAUUCAGUCCCAAAAUGAAUAGGCUUCCCAGAAACUUCAAUAAUCCAUUUUAGUAUUGUAUCAUAAAUGGGUGUGGUAGUUCUCUAAAAGAUGUGUCUACACUGAACAAGGUGGUCCACCGGGUGUCUUGCUGUGUGCAUGUUAGAUUGACUGCAUUUUGCCAGGUUGCUGUUAGAUUCUAGAAAAGUGGGGAUUCAAGAUGAACAGCACUAUUUCCCUCUAAGUAUGACCCUUCUAUAUCUUUCUAUAUAUAUACAUAAAGUAAAAUUAAUGGUCAA